GUGAUAAGGAAGACUAUAUACAUUUCCUAAAAACCUCCCUCAUAAAUGACAAUGAACAGUCCUUUCCGCAAACCUCACUGGGAAAGGCUUCGAAAAACGAAUUCGGAAACGUGGUUAAUGCUGUUAUUACAGAUCUUGUUAAUGAUCCAAACUGGAGCCCAAAAAAGCCACCCAAUGUUUUAUCACUAGGCUUUAAGAAGCUACCAAACGAUGAUAAGUACGGAUCUACGGUGUUUCAUGAAAAUUCAUGCACUGAUUAUAUUAGAUGUUUACCAGCAAUGACAAAGCUUUAUUCAAGGCUUGGUGAAAAAGCAAUGACUUACUUAUUGAAGAAUACAUCGAUAUUUAUUUUUCUUUCAAAUAGUUCUUAUCUUCAAGUAACUGGACUUGCAAUUAGCGAACUGCCCAAUCCGAAUAUCGGAGGAACUUUUGUAAGGACGUCAUCUCAGGAAAGUUUUGUAGAAGUGGGACCUCAAGAUAUGUAUAUGGAAGAUGCGAAAGAUGUGGAUAUGUGUUUGGGCAUACAACAUGAAGUUGAAAGACAUGAAUCUGAAAGUUACAUCCCAGAUCUGGAAAUUUUGAGUAACGAGGAAUAUUCACCAGAAGUAACGCCAAAAAAACGGGCUUUAGAUGAUCCCCAUUCACAAUAUGAAGAAAUUUCAAAGGCCACAAAAUACAAUAAUAAUGAUAGUGUUAGGACUUUUUUGAAAUCAAAUCCUAUUCGUACUAGUUUUCCAGAAAAUUUACCUCUUGACAAUGUUCCAGAACAUAUACCUCUUAACAACGCUGAUAAUUUACUUCUUGAUAACGCUGGUGUUUCAGAUAAUUUAUCUCUUGAUAACGCCGGUUUUUCAGGAAAUUUACCUCUUAACAACGCUG